UUUCUCGUGUUCUCAGUCUCAGAUGAAUGAGGAGCCCGCUGGAGACCCACCACGUUGCGUGGCGCUUGCCCAUUCGUUUCUGUCCUCUCAGAGAGAGAGGAUGGCUUCUUAGACGUCGCCCUUGGACAGAAUUCGAAUCACCAGGAAGUAUCAGAUAGUUUCUGCCUCUGAGCGUCUCUCGUCAAAUGGUAUAGUGAUCCCUGUUCGUGUCUUGCAAGUCUCCAGAGCCUCAACAUGCUGCAUAACCUUCUGGUCUUCCUUCCCCUGGCAGCUGCAGCUGUCACCUCCUCUGGGAAGCCUUCCCUGACCUUUUUCUGGCCUCCAUGCUGGGCACCUUCCCCUUCAGUUCAUCCCCCAGCUGUAGCCAGAGAGUUCCUUAAACAAAAAUCAGAUGCCCGGCAAGGUGACCAUUGGCAGCGACAUCGGGCAGGCCCACUGAGCCGUGGAGCAGCUGCAGAUGGAGGUGGGCAUCGACCGUGUGAAGGUGAGGCCAGGGCAAGGCGGGUGCAUCUGAGCAAGGGGGCAGGUGGACAGCCCAGCCCAGGUCUGGCUAACCGGGCUGGCCUGCAGGUAUCCAAGGCGGCCACUGACCUGCUGCAGUUCACGGAGCAGGCCAAGAGUGACCCCUUCCUUGUGGGCAUCCCAGCUGCCACCAACCCCUUCAAGGAGAAGAAGCCCUGCACCAUCCUAUGACCCUGUAGCCCAGACCACCCAGGGGGCCUCAAUAAACAUGAAGUGAAUGCUCCUCAGGGCAUGGCUUGGCCAGGUUGCGAUGGGGGGCAAAGGGGGACUUUGGGCUUGCAGGGACCAGUGUGGUGUGCAACUGGCCCAGCCUCCCUCCCCGCCCACUCCAGGGUCACGGCCACAGGGGCCCACACACACCCUGGACCCUGGACAGAGGAGCACGCCCCUCCCUCACCCCUACCUGCUGCCCGCCCUCCAGCCUAUGGGGUAGCAUUAGCAGAUCCCCUGUCCCACUGCACAGACACACCCGGGAUUAGAGUCGCAAUCUACAUGCCAGCGCGUGCCACACGCAUACACGCCCACAUGGCGCACACACACACACACAGGUGCCAUCAUACAGGUGCCACGUUCUCAAGUGUCUCCCUCUUCCACACAGACAUACACAGACAGGAAUACUAUAACAACACACACAGCCAGACCGGCCUCCCCGGGGACACUCAGACGCACGUGAUCCCUGAAAUGCACUCGGGCGGGCACAGGUGCACCGCCCCCCACACACACACAGCAGUGGCUGUCGCUGAGGCUUUCAUACACCAACUCACAGACACACGCACAUCCCUGGCAUCCCAGCCCCAAGCAGCCUCGGGUGGAGCCCUCAGGUGACACCAAGCUCACGGUCCAGGCCGGA